AUGGCUUCUCAAAGGCAGAGACCCGAUAUCGGAUUGCGUGUUGAUAUCAUAGAUCAACCCGAGGAUGUCAUUCAGGCUUUUGACUGCGUAUGCGAGGCAUUCGGUCGUCAAGUGCAAGACGGGAUCUGGAUGGCCAUGAACCCAGGAUGGGACACACCUCAGGGGAGGGCAUCCGGAGCCGACAGGAUGGUCGCCCGCUGGCGCCACAAAACCAAUGACAAAAACGGUCUCCCGAAUACCAUAUUUCUCAAGGCUACACUGCCGUGUCCGGAGUUUGAACACAACCGUAUCAUCGUCGGCUUCGGUAUUUGGGUGCAAGCUUCCAGUGUAGAGGGCUAUGGUGAUCCUCCAGUGGAUGAUCUAGCGAUGGACCUCAAUUCGCUGUACCCCGACAAUGAGCCUGAACAACGCUACCUCAGUCAAGCAAUUUCUUCUUUGCAUAGAAGUCGAACCGCAGUAAUCAAGCAGAAAGCCACUGCAGCGCAGCCAGCGGUUAUGAUUCUAGACAUGUGCGCCGUCGAUCCAUCGCACCAACGGAAAGGCAUCGCGCGAGAGCUUGUACAGUGGGGCAUCGAUGAAGCACAACGACGUGGAGACCUAGAAGCCAUAACCGAAGCGUCCAGUAUGGGCCGACAUGUGUAUGGACAGAUGGGAUUCAAAGCGGACGGGCCGGAAAUCGAAUAUGUUGUGGACGAUGAAUUUGCUUCUCGCGAGAGACCGCCCAACCUGUUCAUGCGCACCCAUGGCGCCGCUGUUUGA